CUUUUAGACACGCACGUCAACCGGAAGUAUUUGUUUGUAUCCUGUGCCUGUAUUUCUCAAGAAACUUGAUUUAAAUUUGUGAAUUUAUCUAUUUGACAGUGUCUGUGAAACAAUGGAUGUUGAAGAGAGGACAUAUGGUGGCUGUGAGGGCCCAGAUGCUAUGUAUGUUAAGUUGAUAUCUUCAGAUGGGCACGAGUUUAUUGCAAAGAGAGAGCAUGCCUUAACCUCUGGCACAAUCAAAGCCAUGCUGAGUGGACCUGGUCAGUUUGCUGAAAACGAAACCAAUGAAGUAAAUUUCCGGGAGAUCCCAUCUCACGUUCUCUCCAAAGUGUGCAUGUAUUUUACAUACAAAGUUCGCUUCACCAACAGCUCAACAGAAAUCCCAGAAUUUCCAAUCGCUCCUGAGAUUGCUUUGGAACUACUGAUGGCUGCAAACUUCCUAGACUGUUAGUUCAAUAAUGGAGCAUGUAUUAUACUGUGGUCUGUUUACAUGCCAAUUAUUUGCCAUUAUAUUCAUAUCUGUGUUUAUGAUUGUAUAUUUAUAAUUAAACCUUUUGUGUUGUUGUUUUAUGAAAACAACGGCUUGCCAAUUUGGUCCACCUUAAAUUGAUAAUUUGUGUUUUGUAUGCAGCGUUUUAAAAAUGUUCUGUCUUAAUUAUUUUGUAUUUGCAAGUCUGCUGCUAUAUUCUUAGUAGAUUCUGCUCUGAGAAUAAACAUGGAUUAAACAAACA